CUGGUGAUCCGGGCGGACACCUGGAAGAGCAGCCGAGCAACGCAGACAGCUUCUCUACAACCCAGCAUCUGCCUUCACUCCUCACCUGGCCCUGAGCAAGAUGUCACACAAAGAGUUCCAGAGAGCCGGGAAAAAGCCCGGCCUUCAGGUGUGGCGGGUGGAGAAGAUGGAUUUGUCACCUGUACCUGAUGAAUACCAUGGAAACUUCUUCACCGGAGACUCUUACCUACUGCUCUACACCAGCGACUCCAACCGGCCAUUCUAUAACAUUCAUGCAUGGCAUGGCAGCGAGGCUUCUGCAGAUGAGAGAGGUUGUGCCGCCAUCUUCAUGACCCAGCUGGAUGACUUCUUGGGUCAAAGCCCAAGACAGUUUGUGGAGUUUCAAAAUGAAGAGUCGAAGACCUUUAUGAGCUACUUCAAAAGGGGCGUCCAGUACAAGCAAGGUGGAGCACAAUCUGGCUUCCAACAUGUGGUCACCAACAGCGCAGAUGUAAAACGCUUGCUGCAUGUUAAAGGUAGACGGACAAUCAGAGCCAAUGAGGUGGAUCUGAAGUGGGGAAGCUUCAAUAAAGGAGACUGCUUCAUCAUUGACUUGGGAAAGAUAAUCUACCACUGGUCAGGAAGUAAAAGCAAUCGGUUCGAACGCCUGAAGACCACCGAGCUGGCCAAAGAGAUUCGUGAUAAUGAGCGUAAGGGCCGAGCUGAUGUCGAAAUGAUAAAUGAGGGUGAAGAGCCAGAAGAAGUCAUUAAUGUGCUUGGACCCAAACCCGAGCUCAGCGAUGCUGUUCCUGAAUCUGAUGUAUCUGCUGACAAACAAAACAAGAACAAGGCAUCGCUCUAUUUGAUUUCUGAUGCUGCUGGCUCCAUGACUAUGUCUCUGGUGGCGGAUAAAAACCCAUUCAAACAAGACAUGCUCUCCCAGAAAGAAUGCUACAUCCUAGACAAUGGAGGAGACAGGAAGAUAUUUGUCUGGAAAGGGAAGGAGGCAAGUAAGGACGAGCGAAAAGCCGCAUAUGCUACUGCAGAUAAAUUCAUCAAAGACAAGAAGUAUGCCAGGAAUACUCAGGUCAUGAUCAUGGCAGCCGGGGGUGAGACUGCACUGUUUAAGGACUUCUUCUUCAACUGGCUGGACAAGGAUGAGACCACAGGCCCAGGUGAGACCUACACCAUCGGCCGGAUUGCCCGGGUGAAGCAGAUCCCCUUCGACUGCUCCACACUACACAGCAACAAGGCGAUGGCUGCCCAGCAUGGGAUGGUGGAUGAUGGCUCCGGGGAAGUCCAGAUCUGGCGUUUGGAGAAAGGGGAGAAAGUGCCGAUGGAUCCAUCCACCUAUGGACAGUUCUUCGGAGGUGACUGUUACCUGUUGCUGUACACCUACAACACUGGUGGGAAAGAGAAGCAUAUCAUCUACACCUGGCAAGGACAAAAGUGUUCCAUAGAUGAACUGGCUGCUUCCGCCUAUCUCACCGUCAAUCUGGAUGAUUCCCUGGGUGGAGCCGCAACCCAGGUACGAGUCACUCAGGGCCAAGAACCUGCUCAUCUUGUGAGUGUAUUCAAAGACAAGCCCCUGGUCAUCCACCUGGGUGGGACAUGCCGUGAGCACGGCCAGAGCAAGCCUGGAAGCACACGCCUCUUUCAUAUCCGCCAAAGCUCCACCAAAGCCACCCGGGCUGUCGAGGUGUUGCCCACUGCCUCAUCCCUGAACAGCAACGACAUGUUUGUGCUGAAGACAAGUGAUUCCCUGUUCAUGUGGAAGGGGAAAGGAGCAAAUCCAGAGGAAAUGGCUGUAGCUAAGUAUGUUGCUGGCCUGCUCGGAGGAACUCCCAGUGAGGUGCAGGAGUCGCAGGAGCCAGCUGCUUUCUGGCAAGCAUUGGGCGGUAAGAAAGAUUACCAGACCUCCGUGAACCUGCAGAACCAGCAGACAAUCAAGCCUCCAAGACUGUUUGGCUGUUCAAACAAGACUGGCAGGCUGAUUGCUGAAGAGGUGCCUGGUGAGUUCAGUCAGUUGGACCUACUACCUGAUGAUGUCAUGAUUCUGGACACCUGGGAUCAGAUCCACCUUUGGAUUGGAAAGGAAGCAAAUGAGUGUGAGAAAGCUGGAUCAUCCAAAAUAGCUCAACAAUAUCUGGACUCAGAUCCUUCUGGACGCCUCGGUUUGUCUGUCUGCACCAUUAAGCAGGGGGCGGAGCCCCCCUCAUUCACUGGCUGGUUCCACGCCUGGGACCCCAAGAUGUGGGACUAAGAUCUUAUGCAGUGCAUGAAAGAACAUCACAGAGUUCAUUAGUGGCAAAAAAGCAGUUGCAUAUGCAUGUACCUUCAAAGAUCCAUUACUCUUCUGUCAGCACAGACAGUUACGGCUGUGGAAAUCAGAAUUUUAAUAAAAGUCAUUUUAAAAACCAUA